AUGGAGGAGUGCGCUUGCCUCUGCCGCGUGGGCUCUUCGCGGGGAUGUCGGUGUCUUCAGGAGCGCCAGCGCCCAGCUGAGACGGCAGCGGCCGAGGGCAAGCCGGCCCCGGCAGAAAAGCACGUGGAGGCAGACGCGGCAGCGCGCCUGGCCCAGACCUGCACCAAAUUCCACCGCGUCCUGCACGUCGACAGCAUCUGGAGACGGCGCUGCCGGGAGGAGUAUGGCGUUCCUGAAAACUUGCCGAACCAGGAGAGGAGGGGUAUGUCUUAUCGAGAAAUCUAUGCGAAGAUGUUCCCAUACAAACACAUUUUGGGAUUGUGGCUUCUAGAUCAUAGCUAUAGAAGACUGCUGAAUGUAGUGGUGGAUGGCUUAUGCAUUACUGGUUCCACGUGCUGGCCCCACCUUACCACCGCCGUGGCUGGCCCAAUGCAAUUCACGCCCGCGUUUAGAAUUCGCCUGACGGAGAGGAAAUCAGCCGCGGUGGAGUACAUGGACCACUUGUACAGCUUGUCCCACAGCUGCCACCUGCAGAUUCAGAAGGACAGGUUCCGCAUCCAGUGGAUGAAGAGAGACCGCCAGAAGGACUCACCAACGCGGCUUAGGGGAGAACGCGGGCGGGUGCUGUUGGAGGAGGAGGACAGCCUGCCCGAUUACUGCGUGACCUACCGCCGCGUCUACCUCCCGCCGCGCCACCCGGACGACCUCAUCAGGCCAGGCCUCUUCCAAGGCACAUACUAUGACUUCCGCGUAACGAUUGCCAUGCUCAGCUUCCAUGGGAAGUAUGCCAGGGUCACGAGCAUCAUGGGAAACUUAAUCUGGAAGUUAGAGAUCCACCUCAGGCACCGCAUCCAGCUGUCAGAUGGCGAGAUCUUCCGCAACUUCAACGAGCUCUGCCGCGUGGUCCAGGAGAUUAACGACCAGGUGACCCUGGAGCAGCAGCAGCAGCAGCAUGAUCUGCAGGGAAUGGACCAGUGGUUCCCUGAGGAGCAUGAAGUUGCAGCUUCCUGGUGA